AAUAUAAGGUCUAAUAGAAAUACAUUUAUUUAGAAUCGUUUGAAUGAUUCGAUUAAGGUUAAACAACCACCGUUUUGUUCGAUAAAUUGUUGCAAUAAGGCGUUCUCAUAGAAAGCCUUGUCUCUAUUGGCCGAAAACAGGGACCGUUGAUUUUAACAGGCUAGGUCCGCGCUGUCCUGAUUGAACAUAAUUCCUCUCCUCUUGGCGAAAGCUGGCCCUUUCGAGCGAUACCUUUCUUCACUCAGCCCGAUUGUUGACAGGUCAGAAUUAAGAGUUUGAUAAUAGGGUAGAUUCGCUGCCAAUCCCAUAAAAUAUGGUGUAUAGUGAUUCUUUACCAUAAAUCUUGACUUGACAAUCGUUUGAGUUUGAGAACUGCUCCACUUUUCAUCGAGAGCGCGGUACAUCUUCGACAUCAAACUUAGCGGAACGAAGUGGAUGAAACUGAACAAGCGAGUGAUUAGCUGGUACAGUAUCACAACCAUUAACACGAUUCAGAUUUUCAGUCGCCUGUCUAGGGUUUUCUUCUUUAUCGAAGUAGAACUGCAAAAUAUGGCAUAUUUGUUCUUUGCUGAUAUUCAUCUUUUGAAAUUCGAAACUGUCUGAGUAGUUUUUCAGUACGAAAUUAUAUCUAUCUAACACCAUUUAGCGUAACCCGAUCGGUUCGACGCGAAUUAAAGUUUAUUGCAUCCAUCUAUUGGAAAAAUAAUAGAUUCCUUUUUACUGGACCUCAUAUAUGAAUAUAAAUAGAUCGUGCUACACAUUGGAAUUGAAGUUUUGUCAAAUAUCUUAAGAUUUAUAAUAUGAGCACCCUGUUUAUUGUACAUAAACACAAUUUUUACCGGAAAAGGCACUCUUCUUUAUUUAACUUUCAUAAAAGCUUGAAUGCUAGCAUUUAGAUUAAAACCCGUUUAUUUAUGAGCAUUAUUUAGUGCCAUGAGAGUCAAACGAUACAAGAUUUUAGAACACUACGUUGUGGCUCUCGACAGCUCUGACAUUGUUCUUUUCUACUGAAAGUGAACUAAAAAUUUUAAACUUAGCGUGACUCAUUUCAAAAUCUCACUAUUUUUAGAAUAUUUUUAUUUGUCAUUAAACUCUUUCUUGUAAGAAUUAAAAUACUAAUCAACUUUCAAUUCAACAUCUUAAAGAUUAAAAACUAAAACCAAAUAAGAAACAAUAAUUGAAAUAAGUAAAAAAUCUUGUAAAAUCUUGCUUUACAACACAAGAAAACUGUCAACUUUUGUUUUCAUAAAUUUGUCAAACGAAACCAAAGAAAAAUCAUAAAAAUAUGAAUUUGAAUAUUCAAAUUAAAUGUAACGGUCUCAACACGGUUGGCAUUGACAUUCGAAAUUUAUCGUCAUCAUGUCCAUUGAAUUACCCAAACUACGUGUCAGGAAAACCGAGCUCUACGCAUGUGAAUUCGAGAUUAGCGCCAGAGUGCCGCGAGAGCUCUUCAACCAAUUUCUGGAAAAGGAAAUCAAUCAGCUCGGUAUCCGAGGUUGGGCUCAAGAGGUCGAAGAUGGAUGUGUCAAAGGUCGACUUGAGGGAGAGAUCACCAAAAUGGAUAAACUCAAAGUUAUUUUGAGAAAUUCACCGCAAUUCGGUUCAAAAAUUAUCGGUACUGUCUUUGGCGAAUUGAAAAAGAUCAAUAAAUAUUCGGCAAUAAAAUUUGAAGUCAUCUGCUAACCGUUUGGCGCGAAGAAAACAGAAAAAAUACAAUACAACAGCAAGUCUUAGCACAUGUUACUGGAAAUCUUAAAUGUUUAACACACAAAAUGAUUCUGUAUGUAUGUAUGUCACCUUAGAUGCUUUGUUCUCUGCUGCGAUUCCAACAUUUUUCUAUUGAGAAUUACAAAUAGUCAAAUCUGCAUUCACGUAUUGUUGGUAUCAAGAGCACGGAAUGAAGACAUGAGUUCAUGUGACGACAGAAAACCAUACAAACGUUUUUGUCAACAACAAAAUUAUCCAUAGAAAUAAAAAAGGAAAAAUCAAAUCUAA